AUGUCUCUGACGGAGUGGCCUUAUGUGGUGGUACUCACAUGUCUCUGGCUUCACGGUUCAUAUGGACAACUGGAUGUGUGUGGCAGGACUCCACUUAAUAACAGGAUUGUGGGGGGACAGGAUGCCCCAGCAGGAAGCUGGCCAUGGCAGGCUAGUUUGCACAAAUUUGGAGGCCAUGUAUGUGGAGGCUCCCUUAUAAAUAAGGAAUGGGUGUUAUCUGCAGCACACUGCUUCUCUAGUUUCAGCACAACUGGUUGGACUGUUUAUCUGGGACGACAGAACCAGGAAGGCAGUAACCCUAAUGAAGUGUCCAGAGGUGUGACUGCCAUCGUCGUACAUCCCAGUUAUGACAGUGACUCCUUAGACAACGACAUCGCCCUACUCAAGCUCAGCUCUCCAGUUACAUUUACGGACUACAUUGGACCCGUCUGUCUCGCGGCAAGCGGCAGCACGUUCCCCAACGGCACAGACAGCUGGGUCACGGGCUGGGGGACCAUCGGCGAAGGAGAGCCGCUCCCCUCCCCUCAGACGCUACAGGAAGUGGAGGUCCCGGUGGUGGGGAACAGACAGUGUAGCUGCCUGAAUGGGGUCGGCACAAUCACGGACAACAUGAUCUGCGCUGGUUUAUUGGAGGGGGGCAAGGACUCUUGUCAGGGAGACUCGGGAGGUCCCAUGGUAACCAAGCCGAACUCCGUAUGGAUUCAGACUGGGGUCGUUAGCUUUGGAUUCGGCUGUGCCCGACCCAAUCUGCCCGGAGUCUACGCCAGGGUAUCCCGCUAUGAAACUUGGAUCAGCUCGCAGAUCAGCAGUGAUCCGCCAGGGUUCGUCCGCUUCACCGCCAGUGGGGUGGAUUCAGACAGUAGUUACAGCUGCCCCGGUCUGCCACCCCCUGUCACCACUGCUCCUGAGAUCCCCACAACAACCGUUGCCUCUGGCCUUAUCUCAGCCGAAGUUUGUGGCAGGACUCCACUUAAUAACAGGAUUGUGGGGGGACAGGAUGCCCCAGCAGGAAGCUGGCCAUGGCAGGCUAGUUUACACCGAUUCGGCAGCCAUGUUUGCGGAGGCUCCCUGAUCAAUAGGGAGUGGGUGAUAUCUGCAGCACAUUGUUUCUCAAGUUUCAGCACAACUGGUUGGACUGUUUAUCUGGGACGACAGAACCAGGAAGGCAGUAACCCUAAUGAAGUGUCCAGAGGUGUGACUGCCAUCGUCGUACAUCCCAGUUAUGACAGUGACUCCUUAGACAACGACAUCGCCCUACUCAAGCUCAGCUCUCCAGUUACAUUUACGGACUACAUUGGACCCGUCUGUCUCGCGGCAAGCGGCAGCACGUUCCCCAACGGCACAGACAGCUGGGUCACGGGCUGGGGGACCAUCGGCGAAGGAGAGCCGCUCCCCUCCCCUCAGACGCUACAGGAAGUGGAGGUCCCGGUGGUGGGGAACAGACAGUGUAGCUGCCUGAAUGGGGUCGGCACAAUCACGGACAACAUGAUCUGCGCUGGUUUAUUGGAGGGGGGCAAGGACUCUUGUCAGGGAGACUCGGGAGGUCCCAUGGUAACCAAGCCGAACUCCGUAUGGAUUCAGACUGGGGUCGUUAGCUUUGGAUUCGGCUGUGCCCGACCCAAUCUGCCCGGAGUCUACGCCAGGGUAUCCCGCUAUGAAACUUGGAUCAGCUCGCAGAUCAGCAGUGAUCCGCCAGGGUUCGUCCGCUUCACCGCCAGUGGGGUGGAUUCAGACAGUAGUUACAGCUGCCCCGGUCUGCCACCCCCUGUCACCACUGCUCCUGAGAUCCCCACAACAACCGUUGCCUCUGGCCUUAUCUCAGCCGAAGACAUACGUGUUUGUGGCUUUCCAACUUUGGCUUGUUUGGUCUCAGUUUGUGGCAGGACUCCACUUAAUAACAGGAUUGUGGGGGGACAGGAUGCCCCAGCAGGAAGCUGGCCAUGGCAGGCUAGUUUACACCGAUUCGGCAGCCAUGUUUGCGGAGGCUCCCUGAUCAAUAGGGAGUGGGUGAUAUCUGCAGCACAUUGUUUCUCAAGUUUCAGCACAACUGGUUGGACUGUUUAUCUGGGACGACAGAACCAGGAAGGCAGUAACCCUAAUGAAGUGUCCAGAGGUGUGACUGCCAUCGUCGUACAUCCCAGUUAUGACAGUGACUCCUUAGACAACGACAUCGCCCUACUCAAGCUCAGCUCUCCAGUUACAUUUACGGACUACAUUGGACCCGUCUGUCUCGCGGCAAGCGGCAGCACGUUCCCCAACGGCACAGACAGCUGGGUCACGGGCUGGGGGACCAUCGGCGAAGGAGAGCCGCUCCCCUCCCCUCAGACGCUACAGGAAGUGGAGGUCCCGGUGGUGGGGAACAGACAGUGUAGCUGCCUGAAUGGGGUCGGCACAAUCACGGACAACAUGAUCUGCGCUGGUUUAUUGGAGGGGGGCAAGGACUCUUGUCAGGGAGACUCGGGAGGUCCCAUGGUAACCAAGCCGAACUCCGUAUGGAUUCAGACUGGGGUCGUUAGCUUUGGAUUCGGCUGUGCCCGACCCAAUCUGCCCGGAGUCUACGCCAGGGUAUCCCGCUAUGAAACUUGGAUCAGCUCGCAGAUCAGCAGUGAUCCGCCAGGGUUCGUCCGCUUCACCGCCAGUGGGGUGGAUUCAGACAGUAGUUACAGCUGCCCCGGUCUGCCACCCCCUGUCACCACUGCUCCUGAGAUCCCCACAACAACCGUUGCCUCUGGCCUUAUCUCAGCCGAAGGUCAGCACAUUUGUGGCAGGACUCCACUUAAUAACAGGAUUGUGGGGGGACAGGAUGCCCCAGCAGGAAGCUGGCCAUGGCAGGCUAGUUUACACCGAUUCGGCAGCCAUGUUUGCGGAGGCUCCCUGAUCAAUAGGGAGUGGGUGAUAUCUGCAGCACAUUGUUUCUCAAGUUUCAGCACAACUGGUUGGACUGUUUAUCUGGGACGACAGAACCAGGAAGGCAGUAACCCUAAUGAAGUGUCCAGAGGUGUGACUGCCAUCGUCGUACAUCCCAGUUAUGACAGUGACUCCUUAGACAACGACAUCGCCCUACUCAAGCUCAGCUCUCCAGUUACAUUUACGGACUACAUUGGACCCGUCUGUCUCGCGGCAAGCGGCAGCACGUUCCCCAACGGCACAGACAGCUGGGUCACGGGCUGGGGGACCAUCGGCGAAGGAGAGCCGCUCCCCUCCCCUCAGACGCUACAGGAAGUGGAGGUCCCGGUGGUGGGGAACAGACAGUGUAGCUGCCUGAAUGGGGUCGGCACAAUCACGGACAACAUGAUCUGCGCUGGUUUAUUGGAGGGGGGCAAGGACUCUUGUCAGGGAGACUCGGGAGGUCCCAUGGUAACCAAGCCGAACUCCGUAUGGAUUCAGACUGGGGUCGUUAGCUUUGGAUUCGGCUGUGCCCGACCCAAUCUGCCCGGAGUCUACGCCAGGGUAUCCCGCUAUGAAACUUGGAUCAGCUCGCAGAUCAGCAGUGAUCCGCCAGGGUUCGUCCGCUUCACCGCCAGUGGGGUGGAUUCAGACAGUAGUUACAGCUGCCCCGGUCUGCCACCCCCUGUCACCACUGCUCCUGAGAUCCCCACAACAACCGUUGCCUCUGGCCUUAUCUCAGCCGAAGACAUACGUGUUUGUGGCUUUCCAACUUUGGCUUGUUUGGUCUCAGUUUGUGGCAGGACUCCACUUAAUAACAGGAUUGUGGGGGGACAGGAUGCCCCAGCAGGAAGCUGGCCAUGGCAGGCUAGUUUACACCGAUUCGGCAGCCAUGUUUGCGGAGGCUCCCUGAUCAAUAGGGAGUGGGUGAUAUCUGCAGCACAUUGUUUCUCAAGUUUCAGCACAACUGGUUGGACUGUUUAUCUGGGACGACAGAACCAGGAAGGCAGUAACCCUAAUGAAGUGUCCAGAGGUGUGACUGCCAUCGUCGUACAUCCCAGUUAUGACAGUGACUCCUUAGACAACGACAUCGCCCUACUCAAGCUCAGCUCUCCAGUUACAUUUACGGACUACAUUGGACCCGUCUGUCUCGCGGCAAGCGGCAGCACGUUCCCCAACGGCACAGACAGCUGGGUCACGGGCUGGGGGACCAUCGGCGAAGGAGAGCCGCUCCCCUCCCCUCAGACGCUACAGGAAGUGGAGGUCCCGGUGGUGGGGAACAGACAGUGUAGCUGCCUUAAUGGGGUCGGCACAAUCACGGACAACAUGAUCUGCGCUGGUUUAUUGGAGGGGGGCAAGGACUCUUGUCAGGGAGACUCGGGAGGUCCCAUGGUAACCAAGCCGAACUCCGUAUGGAUUCAGACUGGGGUCGUUAGCUUUGGAUUCGGCUGUGCCCGACCCAAUCUGCCCGGAGUCUACGCCAGGGUAUCCCGCUAUGAAACUUGGAUCAGCUCGCAGAUCAGCAGUGAUCCGCCAGGGUUCGUCCGCUUCACCGCCAGUGGGGUGGAUUCAGACAGUAGUUACAGCUGCCCCGGUCUGCCACCCCCUGUCACCACUGCUCCUGAGAUCCCCACAACAACCGUUGCCUCUGGCCUUAUCUCAGCCGAAGUUUGUGGCAGGACUCCACUUAAUAACAGGAUUGUGGGGGGACAGGAUGCCCCAGCAGGAAGCUGGCCAUGGCAGGCUAGUUUACACCGAUUCGGCAGCCAUGUUUGCGGAGGCUCCCUGAUCAAUAGGGAGUGGGUGAUAUCUGCAGCACAUUGUUUCUCAAGUUUCAGCACAACUGGUUGGACUGUUUAUCUGGGACGACAGAACCAGGAAGGCAGUAAUCCUAAUGAAGUGUCCAGAGGUGUGACUGCCAUCGUCGCACAUCCCAGUUAUGACAGUGACUCCUUAGACAACGACAUCGCCCUACUCAAGCUCAGCUCUCCAGUUACAUUUACGGACUACAUUGGACCCGUCUGUCUCGCGGCAAGCGGCAGCACGUUCCCCAACGGCACAGACAGCUGGGUCACGGGCUGGGGGACCAUCGGCGAAGGAGAGCCGCUCCCCUCCCCUCAGACGCUACAGGAAGUGGAGGUCCCGGUGGUGGGGAACAGACAGUGUAGCUGCCUGAAUGGGGUCGGCACAAUCACGGACAACAUGAUCUGCGCUGGUUUAUUGGAGGGGGGCAAGGACUCUUGUCAGGGAGACUCGGGAGGUCCCAUGGUAACCAAGCCGAACUCCGUAUGGAUUCAGACUGGGGUCGUUAGCUUUGGAUUCGGCUGUGCCCGACCCAAUCUGCCCGGAGUCUACGCCAGGGUAUCCCGCUAUGAAACUUGGAUCAGCUCGCAGAUCAGCAGUGAUCCGCCAGGGUUCGUCCGCUUCACCGCCAGUGGGGUGGAUUCAGACAGUAGUUACAGCUGCCCCGGUCUGCCACCCCCUGUCACCACUGCUCCUGAGAUCCCCACAACAACCGUUGCCUCUGGCCUUAUCUCAGCCGAAGACAUACGUGUUUGUGGCUUUCCAACUUUGGCUUGUUUGGUCUCAGUUUGUGGCAGGACUCCACUUAAUAACAGGAUUGUGGGGGGACAGGAUGCCCCAGCAGGAAGCUGGCCAUGGCAGGCUAGUUUACACCGAUUCGGCAGCCAUGUUUGCGGAGGCUCCCUGAUCAAUAGGGAGUGGGUGAUAUCUGCAGCACAUUGUUUCUCAAGUUUCAGCACAACUGGUUGGACUGUUUAUCUGGGACGACAGAACCAGGAAGGCAGUAACCCUAAUGAAGUGUCCAGAGGUGUGACUGCCAUCGUCGUACAUCCCAGUUAUGACAGUGACUCCUUAGACAACGACAUCGCCCUACUCAAGCUCAGCUCUCCAGUUACAUUUACGGACUACAUUGGACCCGUCUGUCUCGCGGCAAGCGGCAGCACGUUCCCCAACGGCACAGACAGCUGGGUCACGGGCUGGGGGACCAUCGGCGAAGGAGAGCCGCUCCCCUCCCCUCAGACGCUACAGGAAGUGGAGGUCCCGGUGGUGGGGAACAGACAGUGUAGCUGCCUGAAUGGGGUCGGCACAAUCACGGACAACAUGAUCUGCGCUGGUUUAUUGGAGGGGGGCAAGGACUCUUGUCAGGGAGACUCGGGAGGUCCCAUGGUAACCAAGCCGAACUCCGUAUGGAUUCAGACUGGGGUCGUUAGCUUUGGAUUCGGCUGUGCCCGACCCAAUCUGCCCGGAGUCUACGCCAGGGUAUCCCGCUAUGAAACUUGGAUCAGCUCGCAGAUCAGCAGUGAUCCGCCAGGGUUCGUCCGCUUCACCGCCAGUGGGGUGGAUUCAGACAGUAGUUACAGCUGCCCCGGUCUGCCACCCCCUGUCACCACUGCUCCUGAGAUCCCCACAACAACCGUUGCCUCUGGCCUUUUCUCAGCCGAAGGUCAGCACAUUUGUGGCAGGACUCCACUUAAUAACAGGAUUGUGGGGGGACAGGAUGCCCCAGCAGGAAGCUGGCCAUGGCAGGCUAGUUUACACCGAUUUGGCAGCCAUGUUUGCGGAGGCUCCCUGAUCAAUAGGGAGUGGGUGGUAUCUGCAGCACAUUGUUUCUCAAGUCCCAGCACGACUGGUUGGAUCGUUUAUCUGGGACGACAGAACCAGGAAGGCAGUAACCCUAAUGAAGUGUUCAGAAGCGUGUCUGCCAUUGUUUUACAUCCCAGUUAUGACAGUGAUACCAAUGACAACGACAUCGCCCUACUCAAGCUCAGCUCUCCAGUUACAUUUACGGACUACGUUGGACCCGUCUGUCUCGCGGCAAGUGGCAGCACGUUCCCCAACGGCACAGACAGCUGGGUCACGGGCUGGGGAACCAUCGGUGAAGGAGAGCUGCUCCCCUCCCCUCAGACGCUACAGGAAGUGGAGGUCCCGGUGGUGGGGAACAGACAGUGUAGCUGCCUGAAUGGGGUUGGCACAAUCACGGACAACAUGAUCUGCGCUGGUUUAUUGGAGGGGGGCAAGGACUCUUGUCAGGGAGACUCGGGAGGUCCCAUGGUAACCAAGCCGAACUCCGUAUGGAUUCAGACUGGGGUCGUUAGCUUUGGAUUCGGCUGUGCCCGACCCAAUCUGCCCGGAGUCUACGCCAGGGUAUCCCGCUAUGAAACUUGGAUCAGCUCGCAGAUCAGCAGUGAUCCGCCAGGGUUCGUCCGCUUCACCGCCAGUGGGGUGGAUUCAGACAGUAGUUACAGCUGCCCCGGUCUGCCACCCCCUGUCACCACUGCUCCUGAGAUCCCCACAACAACCGUUGCCUCUGGCCUUUUCUCAGCCGAAGUUUGUGGCAGGACUCCACUUAAUAACAGGAUUGUGGGGGGACAGGAUGCACCAGCAGGAAGCUGGCCAUGGCAGGCUAGUUUACACCGAUUUGGCAGCCAUGUUUGCGGAGGCUCCCUGAUCAAUAGGGAGUGGGUGGUAUCUGCAGCACAUUGUUUCUCAAGUCCCAGCACGACUGGUUGGAUCGUUUAUCUGGGACGACAGAACCAGGAAGGCAGUAACCCCAAUGAAGUGUUCAGAAGCGUGUCUGCCAUUGUUUUACAUCCCAGUUAUGACAGUGAUACCAAUGACAACGACAUCGCCCUACUCAAGCUCAGCUCUCCAGUUACAUUUACGGACUACGUUGGACCCGUCUGUCUCGCGGCAAGUGGCAGCACGUUCCCCAACGGCACAGACAGCUGGGUCACGGGCUGGGGAACCAUCGGUGAAGGAGAGCCGCUCCCCUCCCCUCAGACGCUACAGGAAGUGGAGGUCCCGGUGGUGGGGAACAGACAGUGUAGCUGCCUGAAUGGGGUUGGCACAAUCACGGACAACAUGAUCUGCGCUGGUUUAUUGGAGGGGGGCAAGGACUCUUGUCAGGGAGACUCGGGAGGUCCCAUGGUAACCAAGCCGAACUCCGUAUGGAUUCAGACUGGGGUCGUUAGCUUUGGAUUCGGCUGUGCCCGACCCAAUCUGCCCGGAGUCUACGCCAGGGUAUCCCGCUAUGAAACUUGGAUCAGCUCGCAGAUCAGCAGUGAUCCGCCAGGGUUCGUCCGCUUCACCGCCAGUGGGGUGGAUUCAGACAGUAGUUACAGCUGCCCCGGUCUGCCACCCCCUGUCACCACUGCUCCUGAGAUCCCCACAACAACCGUUGCCUCUGGCCUUUUCUCAGCCGAAGGUCAGCACAUUUGUGGCAGGACUCCACUUAAUAACAGGAUUGUGGGGGGACAGGAUGCACCAGCAGGAAGCUGGCCAUGGCAGGCUAGUUUACACCGAUUUGGCAGCCAUGUUUGCGGAGGCUCCCUGAUCAAUAGGGAGUGGGUGGUAUCUGCAGCACAUUGUUUCUCAAGUCCCAGCACGACUGGUUGGAUCGUUUAUCUGGGACGACAGAACCAGGAAGGCAGUAACCCCAAUGAAGUGUUCAGAAGCGUGUCUGCCAUUGUUUUACAUCCCAGUUAUGACAGUGAUACCAAUGACAACGACAUCGCCCUACUCAAGCUCAGCUCUCCAGUUACAUUUACGGACUACGUUGGACCCGUCUGUCUCGCGGCAAGUGGCAGCACGUUCCCCAACGGCACAGACAGCUGGGUCACGGGCUGGGGAACCAUCGGUGAAGGAGAGCCGCUCCCCUCCCCUCAGACGCUACAGGAAGUGGAGGUCCCGGUGGUGGGGAACAGACAGUGUAGCUGCCUGAAUGGGGUUGGCACAAUCACGGACAACAUGAUCUGCGCUGGUUUAUUGGAGGGGGGCAAGGACUCUUGUCAGGGAGACUCGGGAGGUCCCAUGGUAACCAAGCCGAACUCCGUAUGGAUUCAGACUGGGGUCGUUAGCUUUGGAUUCGGCUGUGCCCGACCCAAUCUGCCCGGAGUCUACGCCAGGGUAUCCCGCUAUGAAACUUGGAUCAGCUCGCAGAUCAGCAGUGAUCCGCCAGGGUUCGUCCGCUUCACCGCCAGUGGGGUGGAUUCAGACAGUAGUUACAGCUGCCCCGGUCUGCCACCCCCUGUCACCACUGCUCCUGAGAUCCCCACAACAACCGUUGCCUCUGGCCUUUUCUCAGCCGAAGUUUGUGGCAGGACUCCACUUAAUAACAGGAUUGUGGGGGGACAGGAUGCCCCAGCAGGAAGCUGGCCAUGGCAGGCUAGUUUACACCGAUUUGGCAGCCAUGUUUGCGGAGGCUCCCUGAUCAAUAGGGAGUGGGUGGUAUCUGCAGCACAUUGUUUCUCAAGUCCCAGCACGACUGGUUGGAUCGUUUAUCUGGGACGACAGAACCAGGAAGGCAGUAACCCCAAUGAAGUGUUCAGAAGCGUGUCUGCCAUUGUUUUACAUCCCAGUUAUGACAGUGAUACCAAUGACAACGACAUCGCCCUACUCAAGCUCAGCUCUCCAGUUACAUUUACGGACUACGUUGGACCCGUCUGUCUCGCGGCAAGUGGCAGCACGUUCCCCAACGGCACAGACAGCUGGGUCACGGGCUGGGGAACCAUCGGUGAAGGAGAGCUGCUCCCCUCCCCUCAGACGCUACAGGAAGUGGAGGUCCCGGUGGUGGGGAACAGACAGUGUAGCUGCCUGAAUGGGGUUGGCACAAUCACGGACAACAUGAUCUGCGCUGGUUUAUUGGAAGGGGGCAAGGACUCUUGUCAGGGAGACUCAGGAGGUCCCAUGGUAACCAAGCCGAACUCCGUAUGGAUUCAGACUGGGGUCGUUAGCUUUGGAUUCGGCUGUGCCCGACCCAAUCUGCCCGGAGUCUACGCCAGGGUAUCCCGCUAUGAAACUUGGAUCAGCUCGCAGAUCAGCAGUGAUCCACCAGGGUUCGUCCGCUUCACCGCCAGUGGAGUGGAUUCAGACAGUAGUUACAGCUGCCCCGGCCUAUUACCCCUUACCACAACAGUGCCUCAGACAGUUGUAUGUGGUGAAGCUCCCCUUAACACACGUUUUGGAGGAAGCAGUCUGGUUGGGAAUGGUGCUUGGCCUUGGAUGGUAAGCCUUCAGUUCAAUGGAGCUCACGUCUGUGGAGGGUCAUUGCUUAGUGAGGAGUUUGUCUUGAGCUCUGCAAACUGCUUUUCCAGCUAUCCACUCAACGCCAGUGGUUGGACUGCAUUUCUGGGUUCUCAGCCUGGGAAUAACACUUCUGACACAUUCUUGCUCUCACUGGGUGUAGCCAAUAUCACUCUUAGCAACCUUACCGAUGUCUCUAAUCUAGCUGUGGUACAGCUUCAGACCAGUGUGGUGUUCACUGACUAUAUUCAGCCACUGUGUGUUGAUCUGGAUGAUCAGAAAACCUUUCCUUUGGGGUCAACCUGCUGGGUAACUGGCUGGGGACAAGGGGACAACAAUUCAACUAAUUUUGUGCUAAAGGAACUACAGACUACAGUCACUGAUUGUGGAAACAUCACUUUUUCUGACAACAUAUGCAUCGAGGCUGUUGACAUUCAAGAGGGUGAUUUUGGUGGUCCAUUGAUGUGCAAAUCCGACCUUUCGUGGUACCAAGCUGGUGUAAUAAUGCCAGCUGCUGAAGAUACUCGUGCUGCCAACAUUCAAGUUUUCUCUAAAAUAUCUCAGUUUGGAGAAUUCCUCCGAGACACAGUAGGUGAUCUCCCCUCCCCUCGGACGACUGUGGCCCCAACAACGUCUACCACCAAAAGUACUGUUAGGCCGCUUAGCACAGCCCCCCAGUCUCUGUCCCUGUCCUUCUUCCUUAUCGUCUCUCCCCUCCUCAUCUCCUUAAGUAUGAUAUCAUAA